CAUGAUAAGUGUGGCGUUAAGCAGCGUUUUAGCAGGAUUACUGGCUCUUCUUCUCUACCAGAGAAUCAUUUAUCCUUUCUUCUGGGUGGAUUUGAUUCAUUACUUCAAACUCCGGAGUUACGGGAAGACGUUGCGGACUCGUAUGCAGCAAGGAAUCAUCACAUACCUCGACUGCUUUCUCCAUCAGGCGAAGAAGAACCCGAACAAACCUUUCAUUAUCUACGAAAACCAGAGUCUGACCUACCAGGAUGUGGACAGGAGAAGUAAUCAGUUUGCGAACGCAUUCAGGACGGAAGGCUCUCUGAAACAAGGAGACAUUGUUGCUGUGUUGAUGUGCAACGAACCGGACUUUAUGUGUGUGUGGUUGGGAUUGUGUAAACUGGGAUGUGAAGUCGCGUUUCUCAACGUCAACAUUAAAGCCAAAACUCUUCUUCACUGCUUUCACAGCUGUGGAGCUAAGACGCUUGUUGUUGGCGCAGAUAUGGUGAGUUUGGUGGAGGAGGUGCUACCUGACCUGAAGAAUGACAACAUGGCUGUGUGGGUGGUGGAUCACUCAUCAUCCUCUGAGGUUUUCAACAGUUUACUCGAUAAGGUGGAAAACAUGUCUGCAGAAAACUUAAGUGAUCUUCCUAAGGUUGACGUCAUGUCGAACUUCCUCUUCAUCUUUACUUCAGGCACCACAGGUCUCUCUAAGGCAGCCCGUGUAGGUCAUCUUAAAGCCAUUAUGAGUAUGGCCUUCUUUCAAAUGUGUGGAGCCACAUCUAAUGACGUCAUCUACAUCACUCUUCCUCUUUAUCACAUGUCUGCUUCGCUCUUAGGGAUUGGUGGAUGCAUACACCUUGGUGCAACAUGUGUCUUAAAAAAGAAGUUUUCUGCCAGUCAGUUUUGGAAGGACUGUGUGAAAUACAAUGUGACUGUGGUGCAGUACAUAGGAGAGCUCUGUCGAUACCUAGUCAACCAUCCCAUGGUUCCAGAGGAGAGAGCACACAGCGUUCGUCUAGCAGCAGGAAGUGGUCUCAGGUCAGAUGUGUGGAAGGAGUUUGUCAAACGCUUUGGCAGAAUCAAGAUCAGGGAGGGUUAUGGCUUGACUGAGGCCAGCAUCGGCUUCCUCAACUACACAGAUGAAGUGGGACCAAUUGGAAGGGCGAGCUACUUCAACAAGCUGUCUAUGCCAUUUGAGCUCUUGAGAUAUGACCCACAAACAUAUGAGCCAGUACGAACAGACAGUGGAAGAUGCUUACGAAUACAAACAGGAGAGCCAGGUAUUCUGGUAGCUCCUCUGACAGCUGUGAACCAGUUCCUGGGCUAUGCUGGGAACAAAGUCCAGUCUGAGAAGAAGCUGGUAAGAGAUGUGUUCAAGGUUGGUGACAUCUAUUUCAACACUGGAGACCUCUUGCUCCACGACAACAGGGACUUUCUGUAUUUCCGUGACCGCAUCGGAGACACCUUCAGGUGGAAAGGAGAGAAUGUUGCCACUACAGAGGUCUCAGAAGUUUUAGGUUAUCUUGAUUUCAUCCAGGAGGCCAACGUCUAUGGAGUCACUGUACCAGGAUAUGAAGGUCGGGCAGGCAUGGCUUCUAUCGUCAUCAAACAGGAUCACACAUUAAAUGGCUCAGAACUCUACAACCAUUUAGUAAAAACACUUCCUGCAUACGCCUGGCCAAGGUUUCUCAGAAUACAGACCUCUCUGGAUGUGACAGAGACAUUCAAGCAGCAGAAGAUGAAGCUGGUCCAGGAGGGCUUUAAUCCAGAGACCACACAGGAUCCUCUCCACUUCCUAGAUUACUCUCAGAAGGACUAUAUUCUCCUGACAGAGUCUCUUUAUCAAGACAUUGUGUCUGGGAAAAUCACUCUAUAAACAAUUUAGGACAACUGGAUAGUUAAUGCAGGAGUACUGAGAAGUUCUAGUGUUUAUUAAAAUAAGCUACAGAUAAUCUAUAGAAAGGCAACAUCUCCAGGUAUCUGGAAUUAAAACCC